AUGGCCCCACCAUCCGAAGACACAGCAACCCAUUCCCUGGCAGACCACAAAUCCCUGCUGGAAUGGGUUUGCAGCAACGGUGGACACCUAGAUGACAGCGUAUGCAUAGCCCAAGACGCCCAGCGCGGCGUCCAUGUCCAAGUGAAAGCGGAUUGGCCCACAGCGGUCCCAAAGGACACACGGGUAAUCAAUGCGCCUCUAGGCGUGACAAUGUCCUACUUUAACGCGGUAGAUUAUAGCUCCGCCAAGUGGUCGUUCUCUUCGCAUGGUGUGAAAUUACCGCAGGCAUUCAUUGAUGCCGUGGGACUGGCGGAGACCAUGACUUUCUUCCUGAUGGCCAAUUUUCUGCGUGGAGAGCAGAGCUUUUGGUGGCCAUAUCUGCGGACUUUGCCACAGCCCGGCCAAUUGACCACUCCGAUGUUAUUUGGGGAGGAGGAUGUAGAUUGGCUGCAGGGGACUGGAAUCCCGGAUGCUACGGUGCAGAGGUAUCAGGACUGGGACAAGCAGUAUGAUUUCUCUGUCGACCAGUUGGAACAGGCUGGGUAUGAGGGGGCUGAGGCAUUUACUUGGGACUUGUAUCUCUGGGCCUGGACGAUCUUAACCUCUCGCGCCUUCUCGGCAAAGGUUUUGUCGAGUGCCGUGGAUGAUCUCCCGGAGGAGGGAAUCUCGGUGUUGUUGCCGCUCAUUGAUCUCCCCAAUCAUCGGCCCUUGGCGAAGGUUGAGUGGAGGGCGGGCGAAGAGGAUGUUGGCAUGAUCAUCUUAGAGGAUACUUCUCCAGGCGAAGAGAUCGCAAAUAAUUACGGUCCUCGGAACAAUGAACAAUUGCUCAUGAACUAUGGAUUCUGCAUUACCAACAAUCCAACUGACUAUCGUAUUGUGAAAUUGGGCGUGGCAGCAGACAGCCCCCUCGGUCAAGCAAAAGCCCGCCAGAUCGAGAUGUUCCCCGAAGUGGCCCAGAACACUGAUGACCAUUAUUACAUCUUUAAUGUGUCCUAUCCGCUUCUUGCCCCCCAAGGUCCAAUGGAGCAUGCGAUUAUCUCGCCGGCUCUAUUCAACGCUCUUAAAAUCAUGGAAGCCAACGACCGAGAGCGUAAGGGUAUUCAGAUCGAACAAUCAAACAUCUCAAUCCCAAAGGCGUACGGCAACAGCCGCAGCUCUUUGGCAGCACUUUCCCAGACCUGCCUCGAGCUUAUUGCGCACAUUCUCCAGUUGCAAGCUAGCGCUCAAGACUUGCCGUCAGAACCGGCGAAUCUUAAGCAAAUAUUUGCAAAAGUCUACCGCGACGGCCAAAUCACGCUAGACAAGACUGCACUGAUAAUUGCAUCCUACACUAUUGCUCGAGCCCGGGAACACGAGCGUGAUGAAAGCUGGGAGGGUAUCAAGAGCCUGCUGAACGAGCACAUGUCGAAAAUACCAGCUGGGUCUUUGUCUCAUGAGAUUCUAUCUCGGACAAAGGUCCGCAUUCUCGAGCGACAAUCUCUAAUCACUAAGAAUGGUGAACUAUUCCGACUUGCGGAGCUUUUCCGUCUCUUGCCAAAAGAUCUGCAGGCAACAAGUCAAAAGUACUUCAUAGGCCGUGUUGCCAAUGGGCCUUGGGCCACGGACCCUCAAGUAAUGUUUGCGCUUGCAAUCAAUUUCCUAGUUGCGACAGCCACUUCUGACAACCAAGAGGUGAAGUCGUCACUUUCUCCGCGAUUGGUUCGAUGGGUAGAAUUUUUGAUCAACGAAUACCCAUUAACCGUCGGAAGUACUGAUGAGUCGAAUUCGGCUGCUCAGCAACUGCUUCAAGCUCUCUCAAAGGACAGAGAUGCUUUCCUUCAAUUGGCUGAGCAAGAUGGAGUUACUUGGUUAACAUCGGCUAGCAAAUGGUUGGCUCCGGAAUGGCUACAGUGGGCGUGCACGGUUGGUGAUGCUGAGCGGGUUUUAAUUCCCGUUGAGCCACUGCAAGUCCUCGCGACGGAUGAGCCUACAAUGGCGAAGCAGGCAGUACUAUAUGUACCACAGCUAUAG